AUAUGCCAAACUUGCAAAGAGGUAAUAAAAUUCCAUCUAUCUUCAACAAUUUUAUUUUCGUGCUUUUUCUUAUACCAAUCUUGAUUCUUUAAUCUAAGAAUAUAUAUAUAGUAACCUAUGAAAAUGCAUGAUAUGCAUGCACACAAAUACACACAUAUAUAUACACACACAUAAUAUUAUAUAUAUACUCGGUCACUGCUGCUCACUUAUAUGAAACCUUAUCAUCAUCAUUUCCUAUCUUUACAAAGCUCAUCACAUGGAAAAACUGGUAAGUGAAAUUGAGAGAAAUGCAGUUGCCGAAGAAUUUGUCAAUGAGAACAUAAAAUCAGCAAGUUCUAAGCUAAGUGCUGAGUUGAUGAGACAAAAGACCAAUCCGCCGAGACCAGUGGAGAGGAAAUUAUCAGGUCGCGGCCAAGUCCCACAACCGAAGAUACAGAAGGUUCCUCAGGUGCUUAGAGAUGAACAGAAGAGUUUGGAGAAGUACUACGACCCAAUGUGGAUAUCAAUAGGCCCUAUUCACCAUGGCAACCCCAAAUUCCGGCUUGCAGAGCAACAUUUCAAGUUUCUCUUUGCAGCAAAGUUCGUCAAAAACAGCGGCCACCAAUCCCACGACUACCUUUACAGAAAAGUAAUGAAAAAUAUUAAGGAGCUGAAGCAAUGUUUCGAUGAUGAGGUGCUCGAUGAGUAUUAUGGUAAUGGCAAGGAUGAUGAGGCCUUGGGGUGGAUGUUGUUCUUGGAUGGAUGUUUUACACUCCAAUUCAUUUACAGCACUGUGAAUGGUGAGUCGAUGAGACAUUUUGAGAUUAAAAAUGACCAGGUUGCUUUUGUGUUUCACGAUUUUUUCUUGCUAGAGAAUCAAAUCCCAUACCUUGUUCUGAGCCUGUUGAUGGACAAUUCGGAAAAGGAAUUCUCUAAGAGUUUGCAGGGCUCGAUCAUGCAGUUUCUUAAUUUCAAUGUUUUGACACCUGAGAAGUAUCGCAAGGCCGUGAUGGUCCCUCCAAAGGACAUGCCAGUUCAUCUUCUUGAUUUUCUACGCUUGGCACUCCUUCAACAAUCUUAUCAUUACGGCAAUAGAAGGUCAAAUUCAUGCAUCUACACAUGCCUAUUAGCUUGUCUGCCUCGACAACUCAGAAACAAACUCCUUUCACCACCAUCUCUGUAUAAACCUAAACGUAGCACGAAGAAACCCACCGAGGAAAAUCAACAAACUUUUCGUAGUGUGAUGGAUCUCAAGGCAGCCGGAAUCAACUUAAAACAGAACAAGAGUGGCUCUUUAAAAGACAUAAAAUUUUCGUCGAGUCUCUUCUCAGCUGAACUAGAACUUCCACCAAUAACAGUAGAUGACUCAAUGGCUCCUAAAUUCUUGAACCUGAUCGCCUUUGAAAUGUGUCCAGACAAUACCAAGACCGAGUACGAAAUCUCAUCUUACAUAAGCUUGCUAGGCUCAAUCAUCUAUAAUUCCAACGAUGUUAAAGAGCUAAUCUCAGCUAAUAUACUUCAUAAUCUUCUGGGCUCCGAGGACGAAAUAGCUGUCCUUUUCAAAGACACCAAUAAAAUGUUGGUACCAAACCCAGAAGUAUACGAAACGGUCAUACAAAAUAUAGAGAAGCACUACAAUAGACAUUGCGCCGUAUAUUUCUUACGAGCGCUUAAUAAACUGUGGAAUAACUAUUUCGACAGUCCUUGGGCACUGGUGACUUUUCUGGCAGCGACUAUUGCUCUUGUUUUAACCGGUCUCCAAACUUGGUUCACAAUCUAUUCUCCACCAGGUCCUUGUGAUAAUUUUUGCCAUAACCUUAACCAUAAAUGAAAGGCUUAAGACUCAUCCGGCCACCAACCUAGCUAGUGGGAGUAUCGAACCGAGCCACCUCAAAUCAUAUGUUCGAAUUUUUUUAUCCAUUCGCUCUUUCUUUUAUAUUUUUAAUAUUCAUAAGUGUCAUUGAAUAAAAUGUCAAAUUAUUUAUUGGAGUAGUGUUUAUUGAUAACACUUUCUUAUAAACUUGUUGGACAUAUAAUGCAAAGAAGGAUGCUCAAUAAUAUCUUAUUU